AGCCUGCGCGCCGCCGUUGGAGGCUACCUCGUUCCCAUAGCUGUCCUCAUUUCUCGGGUCCUCCCUUCUUGCGGCGCUUCUGCCACGUGCGGCUGCUCCACGUGCUUCCGGCUUGUCCGCCCCCCAGCGGCGCUCGCAGAGCCAGGCAGAGCUCGCCGGAGAGGGACGCUCCUUCACCAUGCAGAGGAAGAAGGUGGAUAACCGCAUCCGCGUCCUCAUUGAGAACGGGAUGGCCCAGCGCCAGAGGUCCCUCUUUGUUCUCGUGGGAGACCGAGGAAAGGAUCAGGUGGUCAUUCUCCACCACAUGCUGUCGAAAGCUGCCGUGAGGGCCAGGCCGUCCGUGUUGUGGUGUUACAAGAAGGAACUGGGGUUCAGCAGCCACCGCAAGAAGAGGAUGCGGCAGCUGCAGAAGAAGAUCAAGAGCGGGACGCUGAGCGUGCGGCAGGACGACCCCUUCGAGCUCUUCGUGGCGGCCACCAACAUCCGCUACUGCUACUACAACGAGACCCACAAGAUCCUGGGCAACACCUUCGGCAUGUGCGUCCUGCAGGACUUUGAGGCCUUGACCCCAAACCUACUGGCACGAACGGUGGAGACAGUGGAAGGGGGUGGGGUCAUCGUGAUCCUCCUGCGGACCAUGAACUCCCUCAAACAGCUGUACACGCUGACCAUGGACGUGCAUUCCCGCUACCGGACGGAGGCGCAUCAGGACGUGGUGGGGCGGUUUAACGAGAGGUUCAUCCUGUCCUUGGCCUCCUGCAAGAACUGCAUCGUCAUCGACGACCAGCUCAACAUCCUGCCCAUCUCCAGCCACGUGGCCAACAUUCAGGCGCUGCCUCCGAAGACGCAGGACGACGAGCUGUCGCCCUCAGACCUGGAGCUGAAAGAGCUGAAGGAGAGCUUGCAGGACACUCAGCCCGUGGGCGUGUUGGCGGACUGCUGCAAGACGCUGGACCAGGCCAAGGCUGUCCUGAAGUUCAUCGAGGCCAUCUCAGAGAAGACCCUCAGAAGCACGGUGGCGCUCACGGCGGCCCGAGGCCGCGGGAAGUCGGCCGCCCUGGGGCUGGCCAUCGCGGGGGCAGUGGCCUUUGGGUACUCCAACAUCUUCGUCACGUCCCCCAGCCCGGAUAACCUGCACACCUUGUUUGAGUUCAUCUUUAAAGGCUUCGAUGCCCUUCAGUACCAGGAGCAUUUAGACUAUGAGAUCAUCCAGUCGCUGAAUCCCGAGUUUAACAAGGCGGUGAUCCGGGUGAACGUGUUCCGUGAGCACCGGCAGACCAUCCAGUACAUACACCCGGGAGACGCGGUGAAGCUGGGGCAGGCUGAGCUCGUGGUGAUUGAUGAGGCUGCCGCCAUCCCGCUGCCCUUGGUGAAAAGCCUGCUGGGCCCCUACCUCGUCUUCAUGGCUUCCACCAUCAACGGGUACGAGGGAACGGGCCGCUCGCUGUCUCUCAAGCUGAUCCAGCAGCUGCGGCAGCAGAGCGCGCAGAGCCAGCUGAGCACCACGGCCGAGAACAAGGUCACCACCACGGCCCGGCUGGCCUCAGCUCGAACCCUGCAUGAAGUUUCCCUCCAGGAGUCAAUCCGGUACGCGCCUGGAGACGCGGUCGAGAAGUGGCUCAACGGGCUGCUGUGUCUCGACUGCCUCAACAUCACCAGGAUCGUGUCGGGCUGCCCUCUCCCCGAGGCCUGCGAACUCUACUACGUGAACCGAGACACUCUCUUCUGUUACCACAAGGCCUCCGAGGCCUUCCUGCAGAGACUGAUGGCGCUCUACGUGGCUUCCCACUACAAGAACUCCCCCAACGACCUUCAGAUGCUCUCGGACGCCCCGGCUCACCAUCUCUUCUGUCUCCUGCCGCCGGUCCCCCCGACCCAGAACUCCUUGCCGGAAGUGCUCGCUGUCGUCCAGGUCUGCCUCGAGGGCGAGAUCUCUCGGCAAUCCAUCCUCAACAGCCUGUCUCGCGGGAAGAAGGCGUAUGGAGAUCUCAUUCCCUGGACCGUCUCCGAGCAGUUCCAAGACCCUGACUUUGGCAGCCUCUCUGGCGGAAGGAUCGUGCGCAUUGCCGUGCACCCAGAUUACCAAGGGAUGGGCUACGGCAGCCGGGCCCUGCAGCUGCUCCAGAUGUACUACGAGGGCCAGUUCCCCUGCUUGGAGGAGAAAAUCAUCCAGAAAUCACAAGAAAUCCACACCGUGAGCAGCGAGGCCGUCAGCUUGUUGGAAGAAGCCGUUUCGCCCCGGAAGGACCUGCCCCCCCUGCUCCUCAAGCUGAGUGAGAGGCCUGCGGAAAGCCUGGACUACCUGGGCGUCUCCUACGGCUUGACCCCAAAGUUGCUGAAGUUCUGGAAGCGGGCCGGAUUUGUUCCUGUCUAUCUGAGGCAGACGCCGAAUGACCUGACAGGCGAGCACUCGUGUAUCAUGCUGAAGACUCUAAGUGCAGAGGAAGAUCCUGAGCAGGACCCCUGGCUCCCGGCCUUCUGGAAAGAUUUCCGGAGGCGCUUCCUGUCCUUGCUGGCGUAUCAGUUCAGCUCUUUCUCACCCGCCCUGGCUCUGAACAUCCUUCAGAACAAAAACAUUGGGGACAAAUCCCAGGCAGAGCUGAGCCGCGGAGAGCUGGAGGCCACCUUCCUCUCCUACGACCUGAAGAGGCUGGAGAUGUACUCGCGCAACAUGGUGGAUUAUCACCUGAUCAUGGACCUGAUCCCGGCCAUCGCCCGGCUGCACUUCCUGGGCCAGCUGGGCCAGCUCUCCCUGUCGGCCGCCCAGUCGGCUCUCCUGCUGGGGGUCGGCCUCCAGCACAAGACCAUGGACCAGCUGGAGAAGGAGAUCGAGCUGCCCUGCAGCCAGCUGAUGGGCCUCUUCAACAGGGUCAUCCGCAAGGUGGUGCAGUUUUUCAGUGUGAUCCAGGAGAAGGCCAUCGAGGAGCAGAUGGUGGCAGCGAAGGACGUGGUCAUGGAGCCCACCAUUAAAUCUCUGAGUGAAGACCUGGAUGAAGCCGCAAAAGAAUUCCAGGAAAAACAUCGCAAAGAAGUGGGGAAGCUGAAGAACAUGGAUCUCUCCCAAUACAUAAUCCGAGGGGAUGACGAAGAAUGGAACGAGGUUCUGAACAAAGCCGGACAGAACGCGUCCGUCGUCAGCUUGAAGAGUGAUAAGAAGAGAAAAUCUGAAGCGGAAAAGGAUCAGAAACAGAACAAGAAAUUGAAGAAGGGCCGAGAUAGGAAGAGCAAGAACGACAGCAAGCAGAAGAGAAAGAAAUAGUGGCGGCUGCCGACCCGGGCAUCGGGAGACCUGGAGAGUUCCGGGGGCGGGCGCUGCCCACCGCCUCACAAGGACCUGUCCGGGGCCAUGCGGGCAGAGAUGUCCCUCCGAGCUGGGGCGCUCACGGCCCGGCGCUUGGCCUUUCACCCUGGACUCCUCCUCCCACCUGCGCCCCUUUCGGGCUUCCCGACCCAGUUUUCCAGAUUUGUUCCUCUGCACCCCGGAGAGGCCGAGGGGCUGAAGUGCCAUACGAACACAGGACACCUCACGGGCGUCUUGGGAAAGCUGCCCCAUGAUGGGCAGGAGCAGUAAGGGGUCAGGGAAGAGGAGGCCGGGCGAGGGGCUGAAACCGGACGCUUGGGUUCUGGGACUGUCUCCGCCCUUUGGCAGCCCUGAUUCCCACAAUGUUUUGUGAGGAAGAACCUGGAGCUCUUCAGAGUGACCCCACUUCUGACCAGUCACUGUCUGGCGAUGGACGCAGGAAGCUGCCACCUUAGGCGGCCCAGGAGUGAGGGGGACACAAGCUUUAUUUUCACACUUUCUGUCUCAGAAGGACUAUUUGCUGGUUGGGUAUUAAAUCCCUUUGUGCCCAUCAACUUUUCUGUGCCAAUUAUUGUCUGAGCUUUGAGUUGAAGAACAGAAAGAAUGUGGCAGUAGUGAAUAAAGGCCAGGAAGCAAGGCCUGGAUUUGAAUCCCACAUCCGCUGCCUGCUGGCUGUGAUACUGAGGGCAGAUCAUUUCAGUUCCCCGGAAGAACUGAACUGAACAAGUUACUGAUGAGCCUUGGAGAGAAUUUCACCACUGGGAGUUCUAUGCUGAUGAACUCACAGUCCAGACCAAAAAAUGCUGCGAAAAAAACACGAAAAUUCUGGUUAAUCCUUGGUUCCUAGAUGUCUGAAGGGCUUAGAAAUGGCCAGAUGUACAUGCCAGCAGUGCAUCAUGGGCAUAGGGUGAGGGAGUUGAUUUCAAUAUCAGAAGCAGACAGGAGAAUUAGGAGGCAAAAUCUUGUUGAAUGUGAUAGGGUCCAAAAGCACAGAGCAGGGAGGCCAUCCUGGAAGGGAGCCUGGAUCCUGCAUCGAAAUGAGUGCUGGAGCUGGUGCCCAGGAGGUCCCUCCUGGCUCUAAACUGGCAGCCAGCCGGCCCCUUCUGGCACGAACGUUGCCCUCUGUCUCCCGUUCCUGCCAUGCUGGUUUGGGGGUUCCCUUUUUUGUUGGUGACUUAAGUGCCUGUGGACUCGGCUUGGGUAGAGCUAUCUUUCGCUGGCAGCUGCCAUUUUUGGAGGCUUCAUUGUGUCUGCACGGAAUGGUUUUUGCCCUAAAGGUCUCAGGGAGGGAGGUUAUUUUCAGAUCAUUGGAUCUUCACAGGGAAGGUAUGAUUUCUAAAUGCCGCUUAUUGGACGAGUCUCAUUGCCCAGCUUCUCAUCGGCCAAGUAGACGUGCCGGCCUUCAGCCCCGAGUUUCAGAUCCCAGCUCUGCUGUGAGCUAUCCACACAUCCUGGUCGUGGAUGCGAACUAACUCUGUAAAAUGACCACCAUUGGCCCUUUCCUCCUCCCCAAUCUAUCCUCCCGUGCGCUUGAGCCAUUUUUACAACAGAUUCUUAAUUUUGGGUUCGUGAGCUUGUUUUUAAAAUAUUUUGAGAACUCAAGAUAUAAUUGAUGGUCUUUGUAAUCCUAUGCAUUUUAAUUUAUCCAUUUAAAAACGGGAUUCUGAAAAGGGGUCCGUCACCAGACUGCGGGCCCAAGGGGUUCACCUCACAAAAAGAGGUUAAAGACUCUUUAGAAAUUGUAUCCAUAGAGAUGCCAGUUCCACAAUAUCCUCAUUUAUUUUUCUUUGUAUUCUGAUGGGCAGAAUGAAUGUGCUCAUGUCAGAUACUGUGCCUUAUUUCCAUAGCCUGCUUUCAGCCUCCAGGAUUAUAGUAAACACAAGCCCCUUUUCCGUGGCUUCUGUUGUACAACUCGAGAAAGGUCUCAUGCUUUUUGCAAAAGGGUGUUGGUAUGGGGCUGGCUUGGGGCGGGAAGGGGAGGCUCCUGCUUCUGGCUGAAAGACAUUUUAAAAUGCAAUUCCCUGGUUGGAUCCCCAAAGGGAAGAGAUGAGUCUUGACCAUCAGGGGAAUUGCCGGGCCACCUGCUUCGUCUCGGCCUCAAAGAAUAGCUCUCAGCGGAGGAGAAAAUGGCUUAUAGGGAGAUGGGAAGGCCUUUUGUUCCCUGGGCCCGCCGGGAUGUCAGCGAGAUAGACACCUCUCUCUCCCGGCCUUCUGUUCAGGGAGAGGGCCGGGCUGUGAAGCUGGUGCAGGGGGGAAGAGGGCUGGAGUCGGGUCUGACCGCCCUCCCCACCUCAAGUCUGGCUGCUCGGGCGGAAGGGCCGGGGCCCCCGCGCUGUUCUGGGAGCUCAGCCUGAGCUGGACGGGAAGGGAGGGGCAGACAGUCUGAAUCUCCAUCUCCAAGGCUGCCCCCAAACGGGGCCGCGAGUCCUAGGCGAGUCAGAGUGUGUUCGGAACAGAGGGCGAACUUCCUCAGGCCAGAUGUUACAGAACCGGCCUUUGGGCGGAAGGAGCUCUGCCCUCGUUUCCAAAAUUAGCCCAUUAAUGCCUUGUUCCUCUCCCCUCCCCCAAUAAAAACACUUCAACAGUGAUUGCCUCUGACCCUAA